UGCAAAGAACAUCGUAUCAUCAAGGCACUCAUCAACAGACGUAGGAUUAUGAACCAAGCCAUGGAAGACUUACAGGAGCUUCCCCACCAGCCCGUCCCCGACCUGUCGCGGACCCUGAACCGGUAUCUGACGGGUCUGAGGGCCGUCGUCCCCGCCGCCCAGUACGAUGCCACGCGGCAAAUCGUCGAACAGUUUCGGGAAGAGACCGGGCCCAAGCUGCAGGAAGAACUCCGACAACUGGCCAACAAUGUAGACAACUGGGCGACGUAUUUCUGGCUGGACGAUAUGUACCUCAAGAACCCGAUACCUCUGCCCGUCAACUCCAGCCCCUUCUUCCUUCUCCCCAAGCAGACUUUCCACUCAAGUAACGAUCAACUAAGGUUUGCCGCCAAAAUCAUCCUUUUCGCUCUCGACUACAAAAAGAAAAUAGACAGCAAUGAACUACCUCCUGAUCUCGUUCCUUCCCGUGGAGGAAAGCCCUCUCACCUGUGCAUGGACACGUACCACCACUUUUUUCCAGCAUACAGAAGACCUGGAGAACAAAAGGACGAACUCGUCAUGUCCGACCAACAAGACAGCAAACAUCCUUGGAACGUAGUGGUAGCAUGCAAAAACCAGUUUUUCUCAUUGCAAGUGAAGGCCCCCGACUCCGAAGAACUACCGCCAGAAGACACACUUGUGGACCAACUACGCCAAAUUACUCAGAUGGCAAAGGAUAAAGAAAACAUUCAGCCACCGGUCGGACUUCUUACUACAGAAAAUAGACAAACGUGGGCAAAGCUAAGACACAGGAUGCUGAAACGCAACGUGAACUCGGUGAGCUUGUCCAUCCUGGAGAACUGCCUGUUCGUCGUGUGCCUCGACGACGGGACGAGGUCGGUGCCCAGUUACUCCACCAUCCGUAAAGAUUCCACCACCCUGGAAUUGACCACCAUGGCUGGUCAUGUGCUUCACGGUAGUGGCACGGACGCAGGCACCGCCAACAGGUGGUACGAUAAAUUCCUUCAGGCCGUCAUAACAAGAGACGGAGUUGUGGGAUUCGUGGUGGAACACUCCGCUUCGGAGGGAAUCACGGUCCUCCGAUUCUGCGAAGAAUUUCUGCAGGCAAUAUCAUCCGAAUCUUCGGAAAACAGCACAAGUGCUACCACCUCUUCUUUCCGCCUACCUACAGCUCUAACUUGGGAAAUUGAUGAUGAAAUAUCUUUAGCCAUACAAGAAGCAAGCAAGAAAAUGAACAAGUUAUGCAAUGAUUUAGAUCUGUUUGUGCAUCGUUUUACAAAAUAUGGAAAAGAUUUCAUUAAAAAACACAAGAUGAGUCCCGAUGCCUUCAUACAAGUAGCACUCCAACUCACUUAUUACAAAGUCCAUCGAAAAUUGGUGUCCACUUACGAAAGUGCUUCGUUAAGAAGAUUCUAUAAAGGAAGAGUGGAUAAUAUACGAGCAGCAACGGCUGAAGCUCUAGCAUGGGUUAAAGCAAUGUGUGACAGUCAGCAGGUCACUGAAGAAACAAAAGUUCAGCUAUUCCAGGCGUGUAUAAAGAAGCAAACAGAAAUACUACUUUACACAAUAAAUGGAGAGGGACCAGACAACCACUUGUUAGCUUUGAGAGAAAUUGCCAAAGCUAAAAACUACCCAGAUCUGCCUAUCUUCCAAGACAAGUCUUACUGGGAAUUCCUUAACUUCAGACUAUCGACCAGCCAGUUACCUACUAAGUCUGGCGUUCUCGUCGGUUACGGCCCAGUUGUCCCCGAUGGCUAUGGCUGUUCCUACAACCCAUGCGAGGACCACAUAGAUUUCUGCGUUUCGUCUUUCUUCAGUUCCAAAGAAACUAGCUCCGAUUUUUUCGCUCACAGCCUGGAGGGCAGCCUUCUGAAUAUGGGCGAGAUCUGCGAGAAGAUGAGUCAAAUGGAACAGGAAGCAAAGCAAGCCAGCGCCACGCCACAACAGUAAAUAACCAUAUCGAUUCGAUGCUAGUCCUGAUUCAGAAUAUCACUUCAAAAUUUGAAUCUGUUUUCAAAUUUUGAUCUUUCAAUCAUUUGAAACUCGUUUUUUAUGAUAUUGGCGGAAUGCAGCUUUCCAUUCUUUGGUGCAUAAUUAUUGGUUAAAAAUAUCAGGAGAGAUGAAAACCAUUUUCAGUCAAUUGAAAGAUAGAUAAUCUUUUCAUUUUUGCUUAAAAAAAGUAUAGCCACAAACCGAAACAUUUGAUUUAUCA